GUGUCUCUACAUUCACAUUAGCGGCAAGUUCGCGGAAACAACCUGCCCAGCCGUGAUUUCUCUCUCCAUUAACGAUAAAAAGGAAACCGACAGCGUUGUGUUUUGCUUACCUGGACAGCAGUACGAGUGGUUAAAAAAAGGAUUAUUCAUCGUUCAACCCGAUAGGAAACGAGUCUUUAGGGAACGGAAAUUAUCUUUGCUCCUCAAUGCUGACGGUCAGCGCUAUUAAAUGUAUUUUUAAGGCUAUUGGAAGAAGGAGCAUCCUGUAGCAUGGACUUGAAGCGUUGACGCCACUAAUAUUUCAGCUCUGUCUGGGGAGCGGAGUCGAAGGAGGAACACCCAUGAAAAAUGAUGCAUCAUGGAAUCUGAUCAUUUAAACUUUGAGCAACAAUGUCCACGUCCUGGAGAGUGACAGCAUGUGAAGCAGCGGAGACGAGGGGAUAACAGACUAACGUUGCUGAAAAAGAGCCCCCCAGUCUUUGUUUUGUUGUGAAUGUUUGACUCUUCUCUUCGUGGACGUUGCACGCACCAAAAGGACCUGGGGGACGGGGCCGUGUGUGUUGUGAUGCUUUUUCUCCAUUUCUUUUCAGGUGUCAGUUUUGGUUUCUCCAGCAAGAUCUGUGCUAUCUCAGAAUGGCUCGCUUUGAAGACGAGCUGGCCAGCCGCUAUGGAGGCACCUGUCCCGUGGGCCCGGCUAGAGGGGGCAGCCGGCAGCUGGGGCCUCCGGGGGUCCAAAGGAUGUACAAGCAGACGAUGGCCCAGAGAGCCAGGACCAUGGCCAUUUACAACCCCAUUCCAGUCAAACAGAGCUGCCUCACCGUUAACCGCUCUCUGUUCAUCUUCAGUGAGGAUAAUAUCAUACGGAAAUAUGCCAAAAAGAUCACGGAAUGGCCUCCAUUUGAGUACAUGAUCCUGGCCACCAUUAUAGCAAACUGCAUUGUGCUGGCCUUGGAGCAACAUCUACCGGCCUCAGAUAAAACACCUAUGUCAGAGCGUUUGGAUGACACAGAGCCCUACUUCAUUGGAAUAUUUUGUUUUGAGGCCGGGAUCAAGAUCAUCGCCCUGGGCUUUGCUUUUCACAAAGGCUCCUAUCUGCGAAAUGGCUGGAAUGUAAUGGACUUUGUGGUGGUCUUAACAGGGAUCCUGGCCACUGUGGGGGCUGAUUUUGAUCUCAGAACGCUGAGGGCAGUGAGAGUACUGCGUCCACUCAAACUGGUCUCGGGCAUUCCAAGCCUUCAGGUGGUAUUGAAGUCCAUUAUGAAGGCUAUGGUACCUCUGCUGCAGAUUGGCUUGCUGCUCUUCUUCGCCAUCCUCAUGUUUGCCAUCAUCGGCCUCGACUUCUACAUGGGCAAGUUCCAUCGCACCUGCUUCAGAAUAGACACAGAUGAGCAAGCAGCAGAUUUCCCCUGUGGCCUGGAAGCUCCGGCAAGGACCUGCUCCAACGGCACUGCCUGCAAGGAGUACUGGACCGGACCUAACUUUGGCAUCACCAACUUUGAUAAUAUCCUCUUCGCUGUCCUCACUGUUUUCCAGUGCAUCACCAUGGAGGGAUGGGUGGACAUUCUCUACAACGCCAACGAUGCCUCAGGGAACACGUGGAACUGGCUGUACUUCAUCCCCCUCAUCAUCAUUGGUUCCUUCUUCAUGCUCAACCUGGUGUUAGGUGUGCUGUCAGGGGAGUUUGCCAAGGAGCGAGAACGGGUGGAGAAGAGGCAAGAAUUCCUGAAGCUCCGCAGACAACAGCAAAUAGAGAGAGAGUUAACUGGAUACCUGGAGUGGAUCUGCAAAGCAGAGGAGGUGAUGCUGGCUGAGGAAGACAAGAACGCAGAGGAGAAAUCUCUGGAUGGGGUAUGGUACAAAAGAAAACACACCAACUCUGUGCUGAAAAGGGCCAAAAAGAGUAAGAAUGACCUCAUCAAUGCAGAGGAAGGGGAGGACCACUUCACUGACAUCUCAUCUGUUGGGUCUCCCUUUGCCCGGGCCAGCUUGAAGAGCAAGAAUGAGAGCUCAUCUUACUUCAGGAGGAAAGAAAAGAGGAUUCGCUUCACCAUCCGCCGUCUGGUCAAGUCCCAGGGCUUCUACUGGACUGUGUUGUGUCUGGUUGGCCUCAACACAUUGUGUGUUGCCAUAGUACACUAUGACCAGCCUGAGUGGCUCACCAUUGCACUAUACCUGGCAGAGUUUGUGUUCCUGGGCUUGUUUCUGGCAGAGAUGUCCAUGAAAAUGUAUGGACUUGGACCCCAGAACUACUUCCACUCCUCAUUCAACUGUUUUGACUUUGGGGUGAUUAUUGGCAGCAUUUUUGAGGUGAUUUGGGCUGCCAUAAAACCCGGGGCCUCAUUUGGGAUCAGUGUCCUGCGGGCUCUGAGACUGCUCAGGAUCUUCAAAGUCACUAAGUACUGGAACUCUUUGAGAAACCUGGUUGUAUCCCUUCUGAACUCCAUGAAGUCUAUCAUCAGCCUUUUGUUCCUCCUCUUCCUCUUCAUUGUGGUCUUUGCUCUGCUGGGCAUGCAGCUGUUUGGUGGCCAAUUUAAUUUUGAAGACGAAACACCGACAACCAACUUCGACACAUUCCCAGCAGCAAUCCUCACUGUCUUCCAGAUCCUAACUGGGGAGGACUGGAAUGCAGUCAUGUACCAUGGGAUCGAAUCACAGGGGGGCGUUCGUGGGGGAAUGUUUUCCUCCAUUUAUUUCAUCGUUCUUACACUCUUUGGAAACUACACACUCCUCAAUGUGUUCUUGGCCAUUGCUGUUGAUAACCUUGCAAAUGCCCAGGAACUCACAAAGGAUGAAGAGGAGCAAGAGGAGGCCAUCACUAAGAAGCUUGCACUCCAAAAGGCCAAGGAGGUAAAGGAGGUCAGCCCGAUGUCAGCCACUAACAUGUCCAUCACAGCUUUUCUAACACGCAGUCGAGGUAAUGCGCACUCUAGCAGCUCAUCCAUCUGCAGCGUUAACUCACUUAAGGAGCAGAAGUCACUGAAAGCAGUGUCAGUGUGGGAGCAAAGGGCCAGCGAGCUGAGGAGGCAGAACCAAGCAAGCUGUGAGGCCCUGUACAGUGAGAUGGAGCUUGAGGAGCGCCUCCGCUUGUCCCCAGCCCUCCACUUUCGAUCUGACAUGAAGACCCACCUCGACCGGCCGCUGGUUGUUGAGCCUUGUGAUGGGCCUUUGAUUGUUGGCCACCAGCACCACCAUCAUAAGCCAUGCAUGCCAGAUGAGGGUGAGACUACUGGUGACCUUCCUCCUGUGCACCACCAAGCUCGCCGUCACCACCGCCACAGAGACAGGGACCGGGCAAGAACGAGAGAGGAGACGAAUGAUAACAGUGGAACCAGUAAGGAUGGGGGCCACCAUGUCCAUCACAGCCGCUCCAAAGACCACAACUGCAAAAAUGGGAAGAGCGAGAGGUCCCGCAGCCGAGAGGUAGGCAGUAAAAAUCACCAUCAGAGCUUAUUGGAUGACAGCAGAGGUGAAGGAGUCACGAGUGAGAGAGAGCAUCGGCACCAUCAUUCACACCGGCAGUCCCGAGAGGGCAAUGGGAAAGUGGACAAUGGAGGGAGGGGAGAACGAAGAUCCCGCCACAAAGAUGGAUGUUCCUCUAACAGGGAUGGGGAUAGAAAUUCUAAAGGAGAGAGUGGUGCCAACGGAGAGAGGAGGCGACAUCGAACUCAUGGAUCCAGGAGUCAAUCCACAGUUGAAGGAGUUGAGUCCAACAAGAGACAGAAGAACCACAGUCACAGGUUUGGUGAUUCAGAGGGGGAAUUCCUGGCCAUCUCCCCCCAGCAGUGCUCUGAGGGAGACAACUGGCCUCCUGACAGACCAGAGGACUCAGACAACCAGAGAAAUGUCAGAAAAACUGGUCAAACCUCCAUGCAAAUUCCUCCAGUGACUGUCAUCUGCCCACCUGGAGACACCACCCUCAUACAAAUGAACAGUAUUGACUGUGAGACAAUGCCCAUGAGUGAGAAGACCCUGGGGGAUCUGGGUCAAAAUGGACCCAAACCAAUCCUGCCUUAUAGUUCUAUGUUCAUCUUUGGACAAACCAAUCCGGUGAGGCGGUUAUGUCACUACAUUGUGACUCUGCGUUAUUUUGAGAUGUCCAUCCUGGUUGUCAUUGCUAUGAGCAGUAUUGCUUUGGCAGCAGAGGAUCCGGUCUGGACAAAUGCCCCUCGCAACAAUGUGCUCAAGUAUCUGGACUAUGCCUUUACUGGUGUUUUCACUUUUGAAAUGGUGAUCAAGAUGGUGGACCUUGGCCUGUUGCUUCAUCCUGGAGGCUACUUCAGGGACCUGUGGAACAUUCUGGACUUCAUAGUGGUCAGUGGGGCGCUGGUGGCUUUUGCAUUUUCGAGCUUCAUGGGUAGAUCGCAACAAGGUAUGACCAGAGGGACUAAAGGCAAAGACAUCAGCACUAUCAAGUCACUGAGGGUUCUCCGAGUGCUCAGGCCUCUUAAGACUAUCAAACGUCUGCCAAAACUCAAGGCGGUGUUCGACUGUGUGGUCAAUUCUUUGAAGAACGUGCUGAACAUUCUCAUUGUUUACAUCCUCUUCAUGUUCAUCUUUGCUGUCAUCGCAGUUCAACUCUUCAAGGGAAAAUUCUUCUACUGCACAGAUGAGUCCAAGGGCCUGGAGAAGGACUGCAAAGGACAGUUCCUAGACUAUGACAAAGACGAGGUGGCUGCCAUGCCCAGAGAGUGGAAGAAAUAUGAGUUCCAUUAUGACAAUGUGCUGUGGGCCUUCCUGACCCUCUUCACUGUCUCAACUGGGGAGGGCUGGCCAACUGUUUUGAAGCACUCUGUGGAUGCUACCUUUGAAGACACUGGUCCAAGUCCAGGUUACCGGAUAGAAAUGUCCAUCUUCUAUGUAGUCUACUUUGUGGUCUUCCCUUUCUUUUUUGUCAACAUCUUCGUGGCUCUGAUCAUCAUCACCUUCCAGGAGCAAGGAGACAAAGCCUUGUCUGAGUGCAGCUUGGAAAAGAACGAGAGGGCUUGUAUUGACUUUGCCAUAAAUGCUAAACCUCUGACACGCUACAUGCCCGAGAACACGCAGUCUUUCCAGUACAGGAUGUGGAAGUUUGUGGUCUCAGCUCCAUUUGAGUACUCCAUCAUGAUCAUGAUCGCUCUCAAUACCGUGGUACUUAUGAUGAAGUUCCAUGGAGCUCCAGACUUUUACGAAGUGAUGCUGAAGAACCUCAACAUAGUCUUCACCACGCUCUUCUCUUUGGAGUGUGUCCUCAAGAUCAUUGCUUUUAGUCCAUUGAACUACUUAAAGGAUGCCUGGAACGUGUUUGACUUUGUCACAGUGUUGGGCAGCAUCACUGACAUCCUGGUGACUGAAAUCAAUGACAGGCUGCUGAACCUGAGCUUCCUGAGGCUGUUCAGAGCCGCUCGGCUCAUCAAGCUGCUGAGACAGGGUUAUACAAUCCGCAUCCUGCUGUGGACUUUUGUCCAGUCCUUUAAGGCCCUGCCUUAUGUUUGCCUUCUGAUUGCUAUGCUGUUCUUCAUUUAUGCCAUAAUUGGAAUGCAGGUGUUUGGCAACAUUGAGCUGAAUGAGGAUACAGCUAUCAAUCACCACAACAACUUUCGCACUUUCCUUCAAGCUCUCAUGCUGCUAUUCAGGAGUGCAACUGGGGAAGCCUGGCAUGAGAUCAUGUUAUCGUGUUUGAGUCACAGAGUCUGUGACGAGCGAUCAGGGUCCCAUGGGAAAGAGUGUGGCAGUGAUUUUGCCUACUUCUACUUUGUCUCCUUUAUCUUCCUCUGCUCCUUCCUGAUGCUGAACCUGUUUGUGGCUGUCAUAAUGGAUAACUUUGAGUACCUAACUAGGGACUCCUCCAUCCUGGGGCCUCAUCACCUCGAUGAGUUCAUCAGGGUUUGGGCUGAAUACGACCCAGCUGCAUGUGGGCGUAUCAAGUACCUCGAUAUGUAUCAGAUGCUGCUCCACAUGUCCCCACCCUUAGGUUUGGGAAAGAAAUGUCCGCCAAGAGUCGCCUACAAGCGCCUUGUCAAAAUGAACAUGCCCAUCGCUGAUGACAACAGUGUCCAUUUCACUUCCACGCUGAUGGCCCUGAUUCGCACUGCCCUGGAGAUCAAACUGGCCUCAGGCAUGGUAGCACAGCGAAUAUCUGAUGCUGAGUUAAAGAAGGAGUUGUCUACAGUGUGGCCCAGUCUCUCUCAAAAGACCAUGGAUCUGUUGGUGACGCCACAUAAACCCAAUGAACUGACGGUAGGGAAGGUUUAUGCAGCUCUCAUGAUCUUCGACUACUAUAAGCAGAAUCUCGCAAGAAAGAGGCAGCAGCAACCGGGCACAUCAGUCUCCCAGUGCAAAGUCGGGGCUCUGUUUAAGCCAUUGCUGCCUCUGACUCACAUGCAGGAGAAAGAUCUGCCUUCGUUGUUAGACAAAAGGUUUCCGCAUCAGCCCAUACCCAAUCCCAACUUCCAGCCACAGACCAGACCUAGCUCCAACUCCCUCAACAACGGAGGCACACUGCCAGGACAUGACCACAUCAAAUCAUCUCCCUGGGUGAUGGAGAAACCCAAGGAAGAACCACGAGCUAAGACUAAGAAAACCAUUUCCAGGGGCCCAUCAGAGGACAGGACGGACACUGCCAACAUUCAGGAGUCGGUGGAGAUGAGGAAGAUGGAAACAAGUGCCAGCAGCACAAUCCCAGUCCCUGGCUCAGGUUUUGAGAACCAGUACAGAGCCGCUUCUAUGCCUAGACUCAAUGUUGAGCUGCAGCAGAGCCACUCACGCCAUUCUCCAGGGAUCCAUGUAGCCUCUGUCCCUGAAGCCAGCCCUAUGAAGCGCUCAGCCUCCACUGUGGCCCCACAGCGGCCCCAAGAGGUCAAUAUGAGGGAUUACACCCUGGAAAAACCCAGCCAGGACCGACCCCACCACCAUCACCAUCACCACCACCGAUGCCACCAUCGCAGAGACAGGGACAGAGAUAAAGACAGAGAUAGAGAGAAGAGGCAGAGAUCUUUGGAUACACCCCUCAGUGGACAACCACCCAGCUCUGUUGGUGUACAGGGAGAGCCAGAGUCUGACCUAGCUGCCUCCAGAGAGCGAACCCACGACCGUGGACGCUCCCACGACAGGAAACACCGCUCCUCAGCAGACAAGCAGCGCUACUACUCCUGUGACCGCUACUGCAGCCGGGAACACUGCCACAACAAAUCUGCCACUGCCAGCUGUGCCGCCUCCCCCAGCGAGGGGCAGGAAACCAGCAACAAACAGGGCAGUGGUUGGGUUAAAGGCAACCCAGUCGCACUGAGUUCCUGUUAUAGCACGCCAAGUCGUGGGCGUCGGCAGCUCCCCCAGACAUCCCUCAUCAGGCCUGGGGUGGCCGACAAGACUUCCAAUUCAUCCCCUGUGCACUUUGUGUCCACCCAGACUUCUCUGAGUCCCGGCCGGCUGAGACGUGGCCUGUCGGAGCACAAUGCCCUCCGGCACAGUGCCUCCCACCAUUUUCCCUGCCCUGUCACUCGUAUAAGCUCCGAGCCCUUCCUGGGCAGGGGCAGCCCCGACGGCAGCCUUCGGGACCAGCUGGACGUCUUUCAGAAUGCGGUGGCAUUGUCACCCAGCCCCUUUACCGGAUGCUCUUCCCGGACUGCACUGCCUCGCAUGAUGGAAGCCCUGCUUCCUGCUCCACAGCAGAACCAUGGGGUGCCCAAUGGGUUCCACUUCAGUUUUGGAGGCAGCACUAACCCAGGCUCUGGUGUCAGGGCACCCAGGUAUUACCAGGAGGCAGAGGAGGAUGAAUGGUGCUAGCAUGGCUUUAAACCAACAUUUUUAAUGCAUUUUGGAGGAAUUGUGAUGAGUUUUAUCAUCUUCUUUGAAGGCUUUAGUUUACAUUGUCAAUGUGUGUGUUUAAUGCUGUAUUUUAAUCCUAACUAGGGGAGCAAAGGUUAGGGAGAACGUCUAAACAAGGAGAAAGCUUGAAAUGGGUAAUGUUUAAAUGUGAACAACCAAAGUGUCAUCUUUAUCAAAAGGCACGUGGCAUUAUAAAACUUAUUUACCAAGAUCACAUGUCUUACAGUAGCUGUCCUUGACUUGCUUUGUCUUCAGUGUUUUGUUGACACCAUCAUAUUGAUUCUCCUGCAGCAUUACAUUUUAAACACUGACUUCAUUAAGAUAAACAUAUCCCUGACAUUGGAGGGAAAGGAAAGAUCCAAAGAAAGUAAAGUCAAGCUUUAUUCACAUUUAAGGAAAAAAAAGGACUGUGCUUGCCACUUUGCUUUAACUAUUUGGCCUAAUUUUGCUAAUAGCUAAUUUUCAAAAACUUACAGAUUACAGUUUUUUUCCCUAUGGUGGUAGCAUAACAAUCUGUAAACACAACAUUGACAUAUUAGCACUUUAUAAAGUUGAAAGUUUAACGUGAUGUUAGCUAACAGUUGUCUAAUUACACAUAUAGCGGACACAAAGGAGUCAUAAAUAUGAUAUAUUUCUAACCACCUGAGAGAGAAGUAGUUUUUUUCAUUGUUUCAAUUUGAAUUUGAAGUAAGUCCAGUCCAGUGUUGCCAACAGUUUUUCCUUAAAAGCAGCUAGCACUAGCUCAAAAAUUCACUAAAAGUCAGCAGAUGAAGUGGUAUGCUGAUUUGCAUAUUGGUGCCAUAAGCUUUGUGAUUGUGUCAGCUGCCGGCCAGGCUUGCAACGGUGCAAGAGAAGAGGAAGAGACCCCAUAGCUACUGUUGGCAGGAGAGCUGUGGACUAUGAAUUCUCUGAGCAGUAUGCAUGGGAAUGAGUUACGAUUUUCACUGAUAGUUUAAAGUUGCCAAAUUUGUUUUGUUGUCUCCUCCAACACCUAAGCAACAUAUCUGUCUCUUUAGCUAUUAACUGUUCCAAUAUGUUCACUAGGUUGUCUUCACUGUAACUCUAUCUUUCUGUUUUUUGGUACUGAGCUGUUAGUGCACAGUUUAUCAGAGCUUUUUCACAGAAAAACAGUUUGCUGCUGCAAACCGGGUUGGUGACAAUGGUGAUAUUGAAUCAAAACUCUUGCAUUUUAUUCAGUCGCACCAAAAACACUGAGUUGAAAGAUGCUUAUAUGCUUAUUGAGCAACUGUGGAGUAAGGGAUAAUUCUCAGUGGGUUUGUUGAACCUGUCACAUUACACAUACCUAUCCUCUCGAUUUUAGAUAAUAAUAGAAUAAUAAUUAGUGCAGCUUUAACAUUAAAUUUAAACUAUUUGCAAGUUCUGUAACCUUUAACAAUUGGAACAUUGCUGUACAUUGCUUUAGUAAGAUCAUUUCAGACCCACAUAGCAUUUUUGGACUUGGGAUGCAGUACUGCUUCACACUGUUUACCACAACACAAAAUGCAAAAUAUUUUUUCCCUCAAUAAUAAGAAAACGGCUAACAACACAACAUUCAAUAUGAGUUGUGCGCUCUAUCGGCUCAUUAGCAACCAAGAGCACAACAUAGCAUAAUUAAACUGUAAGUAAAGUGAAUUGAUUCUAACAGUAGCUGAAGGUUUCAUGAGCAUUUGAGAGUCAGUAUGACAGUUUCAACAGAGAGUGAUGGCACUGCAAGUCAUGGCAACAGAGCAAAAAUAGGUAAAUAAUUUAGUGAAAUCAUAGUUUCAAAUGUCAGGACAACCUUAAAGACAUGACAAUGUACGAACAGCUGUUUUGUUCUUUAGUUUAGUACUCUACCAUUCCAUGAUGAUGCCUAAUCUUUAAGUACAUUCCCUGUCUGUUCAACUUUUCUUGCAAACUUCAAGAGAGAACCAAUGCAUGAUAGGCAAAAGUACCCAACCGACUGAUUUGUUUUGUAUAAAAAUCUCCUUGUUAUCUUUUCAUUGUGUGCAUUUUUUAUAUGAAAUGAAAAAAAACAAAGGUAUGGUUAAUGUGAACUGCUUAUGGUUUGCCAUCAUUUCAGGUUUAAUGUUUCUUACAGACGUGAUGUUUUAAGACAAAGUGCCUAUCCUUUUAGAUAUACUAUAGAAAAAGAUUAAUUGUCAACUGUUUUCUAUUGCAUCCACACUUGAGUACAUGUUUGGUUCAUUCCGUAUGUAGCUCUGCAGGAAAACAUGUUGUACAGAAAGCCUUAUCUGUAAGAGGAGAAUUCUACCUACAGUAAGCUUAAAAGACAGGGAUAGAGAAAUUGCCUGAAAGUUGAUUAUUUUUCUUGUUUUUGAUAAACCAUGAGAUCAUAUAUGGGUGGAGGAGCAAGAAUUAAUAUAUUGUGAAAACACUAUGUGAUCAUUUAAUCAUUUUUAACUUUGAAAACUGCAUUAUAUAUCAACCAAGUUACAUUAAUGCCGGUAACACAUUGUGCAUGUUUGUAUGGUAGGCUUGGUACGGAUACCACGAUGUUAGUCUUGCAAGCUACUGCAUUGUUUGGACUGCAGAGUGUGUGUUACUUGGCUAGGUCUGAAGAGGUGAGGGUGAAAGGGUUAAAUACUGUGCACUGUGAUUUAGACCCAGAGUAGCAAAGGGUAAUCCAGUCUGCGUUUUUAUGGCUAUGCGAGUCAAGUUAGGCCCUGCGUAUAUGUGUAAAUGUGGAUUAAAAGUAGCACUGGCUGAGGAUAUAUUUUGCAUUUCUGGGUCCAGCUUGUCAUUUAAAAGUGUGUUUUUUCAUACUCAUGGAUAACUGGCAAAAAAUGUAUGUUGUAAUGUCACGCAAAGAUAUUUCCAGCAGCUAUUGUGCCAUGGAGGAAAUGUAAAUUCAUAUUAAACCUCAGGCUUUGGUGUCAGUAUGGAAAAAAAAUUCCCUAGAGCUACCAGUUUGCACUGGUGUUCAAAGUUCCCACAAGGACUGUUAAAGAGGCUCAACUGACAGUAGCACAAAACAACCAUUAUAUUAUCUAUGUCCCAAUUCCAUACUACAUACUAGCAGUUUUUUUUGUUUAAAGUGUGAAUUUCAGAUGACUUAAAGAUGUCAGUAUGCAUACUAAAUCUGCUUGACUUUUUAUGCACUGGCAGACAAUGCAAUGCAUUAGAUUUUUAGAGGGUUUGGAAGGCCUGAUUGAGAUUAGUAUUCAGAUCCCUUACUUAAUUAAAAGUACUAACACCACACUGCAGAAUUACUCCAUGACAAGUAAAAGUCCUGCAAUAAAAAGUUACUUAAGUAAAAGUACAAACAUAUCAGCAUCAAAAUGUACUUAAAGUAUCAAAAGUAAAAGUACUUGUUGCAGAAUGGACAACACAGAUUGUUUUAUACACUGUUUCCCAUACAGUUGGAAUCACUUUGUUUUCAGACACAAUCCUCAGUUUAUUCCUAUUUAAAUUAAAAAUUUUAAAGUAAUCACUUUGGAAGAUAUACACGUUAUCUGUCAAGAAUAAAUCACAUUGUCACAAUCAUUUCAUGGAAAGAGAUUUAAAAAAAAUUUGAUUCCAACUUUAUGAGCUGUGUAUAUUCCAAAUAUAUAAUUGUAAUAUUAUUAUUGAUGCAUUUAUGUAAGAAGCGAGUAAGAAGUACAAUAUUUGCCUCAAAAUGUAGUGGAGUAGAAGUACAAAGUUACAUAAAAUGGAAAUACUCAGUGCAGUACAUUCCGCCACUGAAAAACAAGUAUAUUGAAGCUUAAGCAUAUUUUGAUUUGGUGUUGUUAAAUAUAGACGACAAUGUCAUUUUAAAAUUCACAAUUUGAUUAAUCAUUUCCUUAGUCCAUUGGUACAAAAUGAUAAAUGCAUACAUUUCUUAACAUUUCUUGACCAAAAAUGAUAUAGUCCAGGAUGCAGCAUUUUGAUAAGGACCUAUUGGUUAAAUGUUGUUGUUAAAGAAUGUGAUAUGUACUGAACAGGACAAUUAACAGUGUGAAAAUCAACACACCAGUGCUUUCUGCUAGACAGAAAUGUGAUGGCGGUAGUACUGUUUCCAAAUGAGUUCAAAUGUAUAGAAUACAUUGGAAUUUCUCUUUUUUUCAGAUGUUUUCCCCCCCAGACAUUUCGUAUUCAGCUUUAUUUAUAAUAACCUAAAUACCAAUCAAUAUAUCUCUAGUGAAAACUGUAAACUGUUAGUAUGUUGUAAGGACUUGGGUCACAGCUAACAUAUACACACUUUUGACUGAAAGCCAGAAGUUUAUUCAAUUUCGCUGGGGCUUAUUAAAACACAUUUUGGGAAAAGUAGAAAAUCCAUUUAGAACUGAAGUACUGUAGAAGUGGGAAAUGGGGUAGACUGAGGGAAUCUUGUUUUAUGGGCUCAGCUGCAUAAACACAGUAAAAACAGAGACUGCUACAGGAUAAAUUACAACAUAAAUCACAAUAAAGUUCUUGACAUAUGCAGAAUACCACAGAUUAAUGUUUAACAGUUCUCAGAAGUGAAUCUGAAAGAACUGUGGGGUGAGUUUUUACUUUUAAGUGGUCCUACUGGCCAAAACCUGCACUGCUGCCUCAGGAGGAUAAUCUCCAGUGGUCCCAUUUUUUUUUACUUAGAUCUUCACCACAUCUAUCAGUCACAAAGCUCUGGAGGACUUUGUGUUGAUGGCAGCUGUGGACUGGACAUGCAGGCAUAUUUACACACGCACACGCACAAACUUUUUAUUAUAUGCAACUUGCUUGAUACACACCACUGGCAUCAACAUCAGAUUGUGUUUUGUUGAAUGUUGAUAUAUUGCUGUACUUCUACAUAACGACAAUCUGCAACAUGAGGGAACAAUUUGAACCUUUGCAGCAGCUGAUUGGCUAUGAGAUAUUGGUGGAUUGGAGGAUUUCUUGAGACAUUAACCCCUCUGUGGGUAGUAGGAGAAAGACUGGUUUACCCACAGUGACACUACAUGGGCCAGACAAGAUCAAGACAAGAGUAGGGCUAUGCAACGUGACAAACCCAUUUCUCUAUCCAUUCUGUAGCUUCAAAUGCUGGUCUCUUCAGAUUUAGGCUUCAGCAUGAUUGUGACCAAAUGUUUUGUAGAAAAUGCUAUGAAAAAAAUACAUGCAAAGAAAAAAACCCAAAACACUUCAAAUGAAUAAAGGCACAAAGUGUUAACAGGAAACAGAUAGAAUAUUUAGGAUUACAGCAACUUUAUACAUAUAUUUGCAUGCAUAACAUGUACCCACUUUAACAAUAUCAAAUGCAAAUUCCUUUGCUUAAAAUGGGAGGGGUGCUGUCUGGUCAAAUGUUUUUUAUGAAUCAAUCUUGAAAACUGUCAAAGUGAUUAUUUUUUGUCAAAAACAGGAACAUAUUCUUCUGCAGACAUAUUCAUUAUUUUGAGUUUUGUUUGUGGCCUCUGCAUUGAGUCAGAGGAAACAUAUUUGUCUCUAAGUCUGGGCUAAUGGGCCAGCAAAUAUUAGGAGUGAUCCAAUCGCUUUAUUUCUGCACACCAUUGGUCGUGUAGAUGUGGUUUGCAUGUUUUGAGGAUGUAUGUGCAUGUAGAACACUUAGUACUUUUAAAUACCAUGUAAUAUUUUGUUGUUGAUUUUUAAUAUUUGAUAUAAACUGUGGGUUUGAUGAAAAGACACAUUUCUAUUAACAGCAGUAUUAAAUGUUGUUGACAGUUCCACCCCGUGCCGCAGAGCUGGAACAUUCCUUUAUUCGGGUCUUUGGAUUUAGUGAAAUGUUUGUUUGCUUGAUUUUAUGUUUUUGGCCAGACUUUGAAUUCUGCUGUUGUUUCUACAUUAAACAUUUUGUAUGAAGCAAAGUUCAUUGAAAUAAAAAAUAACAAAAUGAAA